AUGGCUGAUGCAGAGAAGUUCCCUGGAAUUGCUUCCAUAGCCAUCGUUGAUGGCUUACUUGCAUUUAUCCUGUUUAUAAUUCUAUUCAACAUUUCCUCCUCCUGCUGGUCAUUAAAGUAUUGGUGUCUAACCCUCUUAGAAAUUGCUUUCAUCUUUGUUUCAACUAUUGGAAUGCUUGCAGCUUUAUUGGGCUUCCAUCAAGCUCUAUUGAACUACUUCCUCAUGAAGCUUCUACUCACUCUGGUCUUCACCAUUUUUGUUAUAGCUUCCUGGAAGGUUGGACAAGGGAAUUGGGUUCACCUGAAAGAUUGCCUGCGUAAAGCCGAGUUUUGCCAGAAUCAAGUCUCUGCUAAUAUGUUGAAUCCAAUUUUUAAUGCUUGCUGUGAAGAACCAUCUUCCUGCAACUCAUCAUCAUCUACCUCCAAGAACAGUUCUUUCCAUGAUCCAAGUUGCCAUUUGUGGAGCACAAAUUCGACAAUCCUAUGUUAUGAGUGUCAAUCUUGCAGGGAUGCUGUACUGGGUGACUUCAGAUUGAGUGGGAAGUCUGCAGCUAUGCUAUCUACUAUCUUUCUGGGGAUUUUCCUAUCACUUUACAUUGCUCAGAUCUUCUUGUACUGUAAGGGUACAGAACGAAGUUCAAACAGGGUAGCUCCAUCAUCUGAUCAAGCUUAG